UUCAAACGUGCUGAAGGCAAGAUACAAUGGGUUUGGUUCUUUUGGAAAUGACUUAAGUCGUGAGGGUGGUCGCACAGCAUCAUUUGCCUUUUUGGGUAUACCUGUUUGCUACGACUUGUACGCGAAGACAUUCCAGUCUCACAGUACUUCUAGGAGCGUGAUACACUGAACUGGGGAAGCAAGAGCUGCCUCCUCACUUAUGACUGGAGAAAAAAAAAAAACCAAGGACCCCAGUUUUGCAUUUUCUCAAACUUUUAAAUUAUACUCCAUCAAGAUAUGCGCCAAAGUCUGUUCAUGCGUUGUUGUAUUUAUUUGUUGACGGAAGUUUCUCAUUUCUGAAGACAAAAUGGACUUGAUUUAGUUACUCUGACCUUAUUCCUUUUUUUUGCAUUUUCACCUCUACGAAUGUGCAUGAGAGAAAGUUUUAAGAUGUCGUCGCAGAAUAUGUUAUUGUGCUUGGCGGGAUAUGUGGCGCUGUUUGGGAUUAUGAUGGUGAAGGUAGCCGGGGAGAUCCCUGGUAAAGACGGGAGAGCUCAGCUUCAGGUGGGUAGCUCGCAAACAACUGCGAGUCGGGUGAGGAGACGCGGAAAACAAGAGUCUUUGAGAGGGCCGAAUGUGUGUGGAUCCCGUUUACACUCGUACUGCUGUCCAGGCUGGAAGACUUUGCCUGGCGGAAACCAGUGUAUUGUGCCCAUAUGCCGCAACAACUGUGGUGAUGGCUUCUGUUCCAGGCCCAACAUCUGUUUGUGCCCCAGUGGUCAAAUCGCCCCAUCCUGUGCUGCCAAGUCCUCCCACCCGUGUAGCAUCAGGUGUAUGAAUGGAGGACUGUGUGUGGCGGACCACUGCCAGUGUCAGAAAGGCUACACAGGAACCUACUGUGGACAGCCUGUGUGCGAGAAGAAGUGUCAGAAUGGGGGACGCUGCACUGGCCCCAACCGCUGCGCGUGUGGGUAUGGCUUCACGGGCCCACAGUGUGAACGAGAUUACCGAACAGGCCCAUGCUUCUCACGCAUGGUCAAUCGGAUGUGCCAGGGUCAGGUGAGCGGCGUUGUGUGCACCAGGACGCUGUGCUGUGCUACUGUGGGCCGAGCCUGGGGUCACCCGUGUGAGGAAUGCCCCGCUCAGCCACAGCCCUGUCGCAGGGGUUUCAUUCCCAACAUCCGCACCGGAGCCUGCCAAGAUGUUGAUGAAUGUCAAGCAGUGCCAGGUCUAUGCCAAGGAGGACGCUGCAUGAACACAGUGGGUUCUUAUGAGUGCAAGUGCACUGCUGGGCAUCGCCUGAAUGAAGGCAAGAACAAGUGCGAAGAUGUGGAUGAGUGCUCCACUGUUCCACACGUGUGUGAUGGGGGGAAGUGCACCAACACGGCUGGCAGCUUCUCCUGCGUGUGCCUGCCUGGAUAUGCACAGUCCGCAGACAAGACUCGCUGCUUUGGCCAGCACACGGGCUCCUGCUUUGCUGCUGUGUUAAAUGGGCGAUGUGCUCAGGAGAUGACUGGACGCUUCACUAAAAUGCAGUGCUGUUGUGAUGGUGCCCGCUGCUGGGCCCGAGGAACGGUCCCGGAGAUGUGCCCUAUUCGUGGCUCGGAUGAAUUCCACAGGCUGUGUUUAGAGGGCGCCCCAGCAGGAGGGUAUCCAGAUGUGGAUACUGGCAUUCUAGGGGGAAGAGUUCCUCAACCUCCCACUGGACAUGAUAGCACUCUCAAUGGCCAAACAAUUUAUCCAGUCAAUGGGAAUGGUCACAUAUAUCCUCAGGUUCCACAGAUCACUCAAAUCCCUCAUAUUCCCAUCAGUGGGAAUGGACAAGGGCCACAAGGACCCGUUGUUAGUUUAAACAAGACCAUGAACAAAUGCCUGCUGAUGCCCCACCUGUGUCUUCAUGGACGCUGUGUCUCAGUGGGUUCUGGCCACCGCUGUGAAUGCAAUGUUGGCUACAGAUUGGACAGCCAAUCGGAGUGCACAGAUGUAGACGAGUGUAUGUCUGACCCCUGUGUGAAUGGAGACUGCGUCAACACAGCCGGCUCCUACUACUGCAAGUGCCAUCUAGGCUUCCAUAGGCCUCUGGGCCAGCAGGCCUGCGUGGACACCGACGAGUGCCUGCAGAACGGCCUGCUCUGCCGGAACGGCCGCUGUCUCAACAUGCCGGGCAGCUUCCAGUGCAUCUGCAACAUUGGCUUCCAGCUGACGCCCGAUGGCAGGAACUGUGUGGACAAUGAUGAAUGUGCCAUAACAAACAUGUGUUUGAAUGGCAUGUGCAUCAAUGAAGAUGGCAGCUUUAAGUGUGUGUGCAAGCAUGGAUUCACACUAGCCUCUAGUGGGCGAUACUGCACAGAUAUUGACGAGUGCCUGACCCCUGGGAUCUGUGCAUAUGGGCGGUGUGUGAACACAGAGGGCUCACACAGGUGUGAGUGCUCCGCUGGCCUGGCUGUUGGGCCUGAUGGACGCUCGUGUGUGGACACACACAUGCGCAGUACUUGCUAUGGCGCCAUUAAAAAGGGCGUGUGUGCGCGCCCGUUCCAUGCAGCGCUCACUAAGUCUGCCUGUUGCUGUGCCAAUACACACUACAGCUUUGGAGAACCAUGCCAACCAUGCCCUUCUCUGAACUCAGCUGAAUUCAAUGCCUUGUGUCGAAGCGGGAUUGGUUUUUCCAUCGAUGGAACAGACAUCAAUGAGUGUGCCCUGGAUCCUGGUAUCUGCUCCAAUGGUGCAUGUGAGAAUCUGAGAGGAGGAUACCGCUGUUUCUGCAACACCGGCUUUGAGACUGACCACAGUGGCAGGACCUGCGUAGAUGUUGAUGAAUGUUUGGUGAACCCACUCCUCUGUGAUAAUGGCCUCUGCCGGAACAUUCCAGGGAGCUACACCUGUACAUGCCCCAAGGGCUACCUCUUCAGACAGGACUCGGAGACAUGUGAAGACUUGAAUGAAUGUGAGAGUGGUCCAUGUGUUAAUGGAGUUUGUAAGAACAAUGUGGGCUCUUUCUCCUGUGAAUGUUCUCCUGGCAGUAAACUGGACCCAACUGGUCUCAUCUGCAUUGACUCCCUAAAGGGCACAUGCUGGCUUAAUAUCCAGGACGGCCGCUGCGAGGUGAACGUUAACGGCGCCACCCUGAGGUCAGAGUGCUGCGGCACGCUGGGGGCAGCGUGGGGGAGCCCCUGCGAGCCCUGCCAGGCUGAUCCUGUUUGUGAAAGAGGGUUUGCUCGACCAAGAGGGACCACUUGUGAGGAUGUAAAUGAGUGUGAGGUGUUUCCCAGAGUGUGUCCCAAUGGGUUCUGUGUGAAUACAAGAGGAUCUUUCAAGUGCCAGUGUCCUGAAGGCCUCACACUGGACGCCACUGGACGCCUCUGCAUAGACACUCGCUCGGAGCACUGUUACCUAACCUAUGAUGAGGAUGUGUGUGGCCAGCCAGUACCCGGAAGGUUCCGGAUGGAUGUGUGCUGCUGCACGGUCGGUGGGGCUUGGGGGAAGGAGUGUGAGGCAUGCCCAGAGCCUGGCACACGCCACUACGAGGCAUUGUGCCCCAGAGGACCUGGCUUUGACAACCGCGCCGACGUGCUCACAGGCAGACCCCUGUAUAAAGACAUCAAUGAAUGCAAAAUGUUCCCCAGCAUUUGCACUCAUGGGACAUGCCGGAACACAGUUGGCAGCUUCAGAUGUCGUUGCAACGGAGGGUUUGCCCUGGAUACAGAGGAACGAAACUGCACAGAUAUUGACGAGUGCAAGAUCUCCCCCGACCUGUGUGGGCAUGGCACAUGUGUGAACACCCCGGGCAGUUUUGAGUGUGACUGCUUGCCAGGUUAUGAGAGUGGCUUCAUGAUGAUGAAGAACUGCAUGGAUAUUGAUGAGUGUGAACGGAACCCUGCGCUUUGUCGAGGAGGCUCUUGUGAAAACACAGAAGGAAGUUACCAGUGUGUGUGCCCACCUGGCUACCAGCUGUCUCCCGAUGGCGAUGCCUGUGAAGACGUGAAUGAGUGUGAGCUGAGUGCCACUCUCUGUCGGAAUGGUGAGUGUGUGAACGUGGCAGGCACUUACCGGUGUUCCUGUUCCCCUGGAUACCAGUCAACCCCUGACAGGAAAGGGUGCACAGACAUAGAUGAGUGCGCCAUUGAGAACGGGGGCUGUGACCUGCACUGCACUAACUCAGAGGGCAGCUACACCUGCAGCUGUGGGCACGGCUACAUGCUAAUGCCAGAUGAGAGGAUGUGCACAGAUGUGGAUGAAUGUGAGGAAGAGCCUGAUAUAUGUGAUGGUGGUCAGUGCUCUAAUGUCCCUGGAGCGUACCACUGUCUCUGUUAUGAUGGAUUCAUUGCCUCCGUGGAAACAAAAUCAUGUAUAGAUGUAAACGAGUGUGAGAUGGAUGCCAACAUCUGCCUGUCUGGGGAGUGCGAGAACACCAAGGGCUCCUACAUCUGUCACUGUGAGCUGGGCUACUCAGUGAGGAAGGAUGCUUCUGGCUGCACGGACAUUGAUGAGUGUAAGACUGAUGCUCACAACUGCGCCAUGCACGCCACUUGUGCUAACACUCCUGGCAGUUUCCGCUGCUCCUGCAGAGAGGGAUGGGUAGGUGAUGGAGUGAAAUGUAUCGACCUGGACGAGUGUGCCAGUGGGGUGCACCGGUGCAGUGCCAGUGCAAGGUGUGUGAACACACCAGGCUCAUACCACUGCACCUGCUCCGAUGGCUUCAACGGCGAUGGCUUCAUCUGCUCAGAUGUGGAUGAGUGUGCAGAGAACGUAGACUUGUGUGAAAAUGGCCAGUGUCAGAACCUCCCUGGAGGCUACCGCUGUGAGUGUGAGAUGGGCUUCACCCAAGCCCCUGACAGCAGAGCGUGCCAAGAUGUUGAUGAGUGUUCCUUUCAGAACAUCUGUGUGUUUGGCACAUGUAAAAACCUCCCUGGAAUGUUCCGCUGUGUCUGUGAAGAGGGCUAUGAGCUGGAUAGAUCGGGGGGUAACUGUACAGAUGUUAAUGAGUGCUUGGACCCCAUAAACUGCGUGAACGGACACUGUGUGAACACACCAGGCUCUUAUGAAUGUAACUGCCCCAUAGACUUUGAACUCAACCCAACCGGUGUUGGUUGUGUUGACCCACGAGUGGGGAACUGCUUCUUGGAGGUGGGAGUCCGUGGGUGGGGGGUGCUGGCCUGCAGCGUGGAGGUGGGCUUUGGAGUCAGUCGCUCCUCCUGUUGUUGUUCCCAGGGCCAAGCCUGGGGAACCCCCUGUGAACCCUGCCCUUCUGUCAACACCUCGGAUUACAACACACUUUGUCCCGGGGGAGAGGGAUUCAGGCCCAAUCCAAUUACAAUCAUCCUGGAGGACAUCGAUGAGUGCCAGGAGCUUCCCGGCUUAUGCCAGGGUGGGAAUUGUGUCAACACCUUUGGCAGCUUCCAGUGUGAGUGCCCGGAUGGCUACCACCUCAACAUGCACAGCCGCAUCUGUGAGGAUAUUGAUGAGUGUCUAGUGAAUCCCGGCAUCUGCGGCCCUGGCACAUGCUACAACACACUGGGCAACUACACUUGCGUCUGUCCACUGGAGUACAUGCCAGUCAAUGGAGGCAAUAACUGCAUGGACAUGAGGAAAAGCCUGUGCUUUCGCAACUACAAUGGCACCAGGUGUGAGAAGGAGCUGGCCUUCAACACCACACACCGAAUCUGCUGCUGUGCCUACAACAUGGGCAAAGCUUGGAAUAACCCCUGCCAGGCAUGUCCUAGACCAGGCACUGAGGGAUUUCGAACUCUUUGUGGAAACAUUUUGCCGGGGUUUGAAAUUGACAUAGAAACCGGAAAACCAGUUGAUAUUGAUGAAUGUAGAGAGAUCCCAGGUCUCUGUGCCAGUGGUGUGUGUAUCAACCAGCUGGGAAGUUAUCGCUGUGAAUGUCCGAGAGGAUUCAGCUACAAUGAUGUUCUACUCAUAUGUGAAGACAUUGAUGAGUGCAGCGAUUCUGAAUUUGUGUGCCAGAGGAAUGCAGACUGCAUCAACAGUCCAGGCAGCUAUCGGUGUGAAUGCUCCGAGGGUUUCCAGCUUUCACGCUUUGGAGCCUGCUUAAACCGCAACGAGUGUUUCGAGAUCCCCAACCUCUGCAGACAUGGUAACUGUAGGGACAUCCAGGGGGGCUAUAUGUGUGUGUGCUAUGAAGGUUUCAAGGCAACCCCCGACCACAAGAUGUGCAUGGACGUUGAUGAGUGUUUGCAUCAGCCCUGUAAGAAUGGCACAUGUAAGAACACCGUGGGAUCCUAUAACUGCUUCUGUCACCCUGGCUUUGAGCUUGACCUUAAUAACCAGUGCGCAGACAUUGAUGAAUGUUCAGCUCUGUACGGCAAGCUGUGCAGGUAUGGCCAGUGCAUCAACACUGAAGGUUCCUUCCAGUGCCUGUGUAAGGAAGGCUAUGAGCUCUUCUCGGAUGCCAAGACCUGUGUUGACGUGAAUGAAUGCGCAGUCUUGCCUGGGGUGUGUGCACCCGGAAAGUGCCUGAACUUGGAUGGCUCGUUUCGUUGCGACUGUCCGGGCGGUUAUAUUCAGGAAAACAAUCACUGCCUCGAUGUGAACGAGUGUGAGGAAGUCCCUGACAUCUGCGUGUUUGGCUCCUGCUUCAACAACCCGGGCAGCUUUGAGUGUGUGUGCAAGCCAGGCUUUGUGCUCUCAGAGAGUGGACGCCGUUGUUAUGAGACAAGGGAGAGUUUCUGCUUCACGCACUUUGAGAACGGCAAGUGCUCCGUCCCCCAGGCGCUGAACACCACCAAAGUCAAGUGUUGCUGCAGUAGCAUGCCUAAGGAGGGCUGGGGUGACCCCUGCGAACUCUGCCCCAAAGAGCAAGACGCUGGAUUCUGGCAACUGUGUCCCCAUGGUUACGGGUUCGUCCCAGGGACUGGAGACAUGAGCGAAGAUGUGGACGAGUGUGUGGAGAACCCAGGCAUCUGCCACAACGGCCACUGCAUCAACACGGAUGGUUCCUUCCGCUGCCAAUGCUCCACGGGAUUCUCGCUCGACUACGCUGGUGUGAACUGCCACGAUCUUGACGAAUGUGCAGUGGGGAAUCCCUGUGGUAAUGGCACCUGCACUAAUGUUAUGGGAGGGUUCGAGUGCAUCUGUGAGGAGGGUUUUGAGCCAGGACCCAUGAUGACAUGUGAAGAUAUAAAUGAAUGUGAGCAGAAUCCUUUGCUGUGUGCGUUCCGCUGCAUCAACACGUUCGGGGGCUACGAGUGCUCCUGCCCCUCGGGCUACACACUCAGAGAGGACGGUCGAAUGUGCCAGGACCUGGAUGAGUGUGUGGAAGGCCUGCACGACUGUGAUGCCAGGGGCAUGAAUUGCAAGAACCUGGUGGGCACAUUCAUGUGCAUGUGCCCACUCGGGAUGGAGCGUGGGGCAGACGACGAAGCGUGUCGAGAUGAGGAUGAGUGUCGCACUAAACCUGGGAUCUGUGAGAACGGCCACUGUGUGAACACCAUAGGCAGCUACAAGUGUGAGUGUGGAGAAGGCUUCCAGCCUGACUCUACACACACCAAGUGCCUUGACUACAGACAGGGCUUCUGCUUCACGGAGGUGCUGCACACCAUGUGCCAGAUGUCCUCCAGCAGACGCACACCUGUCACCAAGUCCCAGUGCUGUUGCUAUGGCGGCCAUGGCUGGGGUAACCAGUGUGAGCUGUGCCCGCUGCCCGGCACGGCCACGUACAGGAAGCUAUGCCCGCACGGGCCGGGCUACGCCACAGAUGGCACAGAUAUAGAUGAGUGUAAGGUGAUACCAGAUGUGUGUAAGAAUGGGAGGUGUAUCAACACUAUGGGCUCCUACAGUUGCCACUGUAAACCAGGCUAUACAGCCUCCAUCACUGGUACUGCUUGUGUGGACUUGGAUGAGUGUUUUAUGUCUCCAAAACCAUGCAACUUCAUCUGUAAGAACACGGAGGGCAGCUAUGUGUGUUCCUGUCCGCGUGGCUAUAUCCUGCAGGAAGACAGCAGGACGUGCAAAGAUUUGGAUGAAUGUCAGUCAAAGAGGCACAACUGCCAGUUUAUGUGUGUUAACACCAUUGGUGGCUUUACAUGCAAGUGUCCCCCAGGGUUCACACAACAUCACACUGCCUGUAUAGACAAGAACGAGUGUGCUGCAGAGCCCACACUGUGUGGGGCCAAGGGCAUGUGUCACAACUCACCAGGCAGCUUCAGCUGUGAGUGUCAGCAAGGGUUUAGCCUGGACUCCACAGGCCUGCGUUGUGAAGAUGUGGAUGAGUGUGGCAGUGGCCACAGAUGCCAGUACGGCUGCGAGAACGUGGUGGGGGGGUAUCGCUGUAGCUGUCCCCAGGGCUACACCCAGCAUUCCCAGUGGAACCAGUGUAUGGAUGAGAACGAGUGCUCUACCCCUGGUGCCUGUGGCUCAGCAUCAUGCUACAACACGCUGGGCAGCUUCAAGUGCGCCUGUCCCUCGGGCUACACCUUUCAGCAGCCCUCCAGUAGCUGCCAGGAUGUGGAUGAGUGUGCCGCGCGUGGAAACCCCUGCAGCUAUGGCUGCUCCAACACACAGGGUGGAUACGUGUGCGGGUGUCCUCCCGCAUACUCCAGAGUGGGCCAAGGGCACUGUGUGUCAGGGCUGAGCUUUAGGAAAGGCCAGCCGGGAUCUGCGGGCAGAGCUGGAGCGGUGGAUGACCGCUCACCUGAGGGCUGCUACGAGUGCCGUGUCAAUGGUCCCCAAAAGACAGGGGGCAGGAAGAGACGCACAGCCAACCACACAGAGCCAGAGGAGGAAGCCCCAGUCAGCCUGGACAGUGUGGACAUGGAGCAGCCCCUGGCCCUGACACUCAAUAUAACCCGGUGCACGCCCGAAGAGCCCAUCCUGGAGCUGGUGCCUGCCCUCAGGUCCCUCACUCACCACAUUUCCUACUCCAUCAAAGCGGGCAACCGGGAUGAGGUCUUCCGGCUCCAUCAGCGGACUGGAACCUCCUAUCUGCACUGUGCACGCAAGAAUGCCUCUCCCGGGACGUACGUGUUAGAGGUGGCCAGCUCUCUGCUCUGCGGCAGUGCAGAGCUGCCUCGGUUCAAGGACGGCCGGGACCAAGGCUCCCUUUUGAGAGAGCUGGGCCAGAACCUGCAUAUGAAGCUGCACGUCACACUGCAGUAGAGCGCCACUGUGUGGCCCAUACCAAAGACCUGCACCUGCUUUUUGACAGCUUCUCUAUGCAUCAGCUUCAUAAGCCAUUUGAACUUCAAAAUCACGUACAUCCAGUGGUCAACCUCCAUGAACACACCUGUAAUAAGCUUAACUAUAUAUGGUUUGUAUCGCUGAGCUAAUAAUAUAUUUGUUUUUCACACAAGUGUCUACAGAAGGCCUAGAGUGUAACUGCAGAGGCCUACUGUGUACUUAUAAUGGGUUCUUCAUGGUGCUUAUGGAUGUGUAAUUUACCUCUUUUGGAGGGACAUCCAGAAACAAAAGCUACAACUCUAGACAUGAUGUCAUUUACAUGCAGCUAGAAAUCACCAUCAGGACAAGACACUUCUAAAAGAGCUGUAUUAUCUACUGCAGUCAUCACUGCAAUUGUGGAGAUAUAUUGUAACACCUAAAACAAUCUUAACAGUCACUUGCCAGAUGUUGGUGUUAAAACCUAACGUGGAAGUGUGCUUGGAAGUGUACAAUUUUACUGAAUACUAUUAUUCUAAGUGAAGAUUGAAAAAUAUGUAUAUAUGAUACAUAGUUAUUUCAUUAAACUGCCUUUAUAUUUAUUUUUUUUUCUAUUUUGGUAGUUAGUAACAAUAUGCAAUAAAGGUGUGAUUGCUGACCAAAGUGAUCACUGAAAACACCAAGAAAGGAAAACAGUUGGUUGUCUUUACACACCGUGUGGCUUUGGGGCAGGUCCUCGAUUUGUCAAACAUCCUUCACAUACUUUUUCCCCUAGUUGAAAACAUCUGGCCUUGAAACAUCUGCUCCCUCCACCAAAAAGUCACCCUUUCAUUCUGAUGUAAAACACAGUAGAAAUAUAAUUAGCAUUAAAGUUGUUGAUAUGAAAAAACUACACUGAGACAUAGUGAACUAAGUGUGAAAAUUAUGAAAGAUCAGGUCAGUCAAUAUUAUUAUUCAGGUUUAAUUAGCAUUACAGAUUUAAAAAAAAAACAAAUGUAAACAAUUACUCAAAUAGCAAUAUGUAAGCAUAACCACAAAAAGCUAUGUACUAUAUCUUCAUGAAGCUUGAAAGGGAGCUGCGAUACAAUAUGUACCCUGUAAAAUACAUGAUGCUCUUUGUCAGUUAAAGUUCUGUUGUACUUCAUUAACAUGAAGUGGCAUUUUGACAAGUAUAUGUACCUUAACAGAACUGUACUAGUACAAAGAGUUCUUUUAAUUAUCUAAAUUACAGUUCAACUUGCUAAUGUCAAAAGUCAAAAUUGUUCUGCAUAUAUUAUGCAGAUAUGCCUUUUUUUUUUUUUUUUUACUAAAAACUGUUUACAGGCUGGAUGAGGGCUAAGAGCCAGUUUGAACAUAACCAGGAUUUAUUACAGAAAAAAAAUCCCAGCGACCCGAGAAAUACAUAACUACAUCAGAUGUUGGGCUUUCUAAAGCAAUCAAUUUAGAUAUUAAGAAGAAAAACUAAAAGAAUAAAAAGUAAAAAGGGUGAUGUAUGGAAAAUCCAAUUACUUAAAUGUGUGUCUUUGUAGUUAUGAGAUGGUCUCCUGUAGGCUUCCAGACCUUAACAUCAGUCUGUUAGCGCAGGGGCAGCUAAUACUGUUUGAUCCUAAUUUGUAAGCAAUGCCUGCAGGUUUUCAGAGGGGUUGUGAAGGAAUUUGCCAGCAUGCGUGAAAUCACACUACAAGGAAGUUCUCCUAGUAUGCUUUCUCUAAUACAGCCAUACUCUGUGGGAACUGUGUACCUUUGCCAAUUGUGUCUUAAAUCAAACAUUUUAUCUGGUUUCUAUUGCGUUUAAUGUUCUUUUCAUGUUUUCUCUUGCCCAAAACAAAGAAUUCUUCAUAUUGAUGGCUUGCAUCAUUUCCUCUGCUUAGGCUGGCCCAGUGGUUCUGAGCACUGGAGGAUCUAUGCACAGUUCUGCAUCUUCAUCCUCCUCCGCUGUUCAGCAAACUGAUAUGCCCCUAACGGGCAAGGUCAGCUAGUUUUAGCAAAUGCACCUAAAUGAGCAGUGCCUGACUGCAUGCAUGCUCAGCUUCGUAUUGCCACCAUCACCUACCUAUUGGUCUCAGCAAGAGCAAACCAAUUCAUGCAAUAAAUUGUGCAGCACUCCCCCCCGGUAAUUUUAUAUUUAAAAGCACUUUUAAAGAAAUGUCAGCACCCAUGGCAAGAGUGUAACAAUGUGCUGAACUGUUGCAACACAGGGUGGCAGUGUUGUUCCACCUAUAGCAACACUGAUUAUUUUGAAGUGGCGGCAGCAAUUUCAGUAGUAACAGAAUUAAUGGAUGAUGUAAAUUAAUUUUACACGUUGAUUAAAAUUGGGUUUUUUUCAAAAAAACUUUUUAAAUACAGGGGAUUAGUACCCUAUACCCAUAAAAUUUGAUUAAAAGGAUUGACAAAUUUGUUUCUAUUUUAUUUAUUGCAAUAAAGAUGUACAAAGUAUUGGUAACUUUAAAUGUUAAAAUGUUAGAAAAAAGCAUUUGUGACAAUUAACAGUACAGUAUAUCAAAACAUUAGUCUUCUGUCUAGAUCAAUUAGAUCCACCCUUAUGCUUGAGCAGAAAAACUCAGCCACUUGCCAAUAUCUUUUCUUUAAAAGGCAUAUAAAAGAUA